AAUGGAUCGAUGGACCAGGGUGGUGCUAACACCGCACUAGCAGACGGGGGGAACGCACAGCAGUUCGAUCCAAACGUCGAUACCAUCAGGGUUAAAAUUGAGGAGGCAAAAAGGGUGGCAGCACAGGAAAUAGAAGAGGAGAGGAAGGCCAAAAAAGAAGAGGAGCGGAGGGCCACAGAGGAACGUGAGAGGUUGGAAAAGGAAAAAAAGGAGAGAGAGGCUAAAGAAGAGGAAGAAAGACCGGAGAAAAGGAAAAAGGAGGAGCAGGCGCGAAAGGCUGAGGAGGAAGAACGGUCUAGAAAAGCCAAGGAGGAAGACGAGGCGAAAAAGGUUAGAGAAGAGCAGGAUAAACGGGAGUUGGAGAGAAAGGUCAAGGAACAGCAAGACAAAAUAAAGAUGGACAUCAGCAGCGCUCCUGUGUUGGUGAAUGUACCCCUACUUCUUUUGUUAUGUUUGUUGGGUUGCACUCUCGUGUGCUAA